AUGCACCGCAGUGCGCGGCAGACAGCGUGGGGGGAUCGCAGCUCCCUUUUGUGCGUCGCCCUGCUGCUCGUGUUGUUGACGCAGGUCAGCGUUGCCGUGGCACAAGGGACGAAUGUCACAGUCCUUGAUGUGCUGUCUACAACGAGUCCGCGGUUCAAUGGUGCUGUGAUGGCGUACAGGCACGGCUUUCUUGCCGCCCUAAGGUCCCGCAACUACACUAGUGGUGCAGUCAGAAUCAAUGUGGUGCACAGAGACGUCACUGUGAAUAACAUCGCUGCAACGGUUAAUCAAGCCUCCACAGAUUUCCGUGACCUUAUCGCGGCCUUAGGACCAACGUCGUCGCCGCAGUUGUUGGCUGCCCUUCCGGCUCUUCAGCAAAGAAGCGUAGUGGCCUUUGCCCCACUCACCGAUGGAUUGUCCACGCGCUUCUGGGAGAGACACUUCUACUUUUUUUCGGGGGAAACUAUGUCCUCGGUGUACACCCUUCUCCGUUACGCAAUGACGCACCUGCGCGUGUUGCGCUUGGGCUUUAUGUACUUGACGGGUGUGCUUUACGGAGAUAAUGAGUACAUUCUUGCACAGCAAUUGAUGGCUGGCACGCACCGCAACAUCAGUGCACUGUUUCAACUGGACAGCAGCAAGCCCUUGACUGCGAGCGAUGCCGAGUUCCAGGCGGAAUGGGAACGGUUUGCGGAGACCCGGCCACAGGCGGUCAUAAUCUUUGGGGUGUUGACGGUGACCACCGAAGCGUUUGUCAGAAAGAUGCUCACGGACAGUCGCACAAGCGGUGCGUACCUGAUGGGCCCACCACGGCUGCAGGAACUCCUACUGGAGGUGUGGCAAGAUGUCGUGAAAGAAGGUGGCGCUUCUUUUAGAGCCGGGCAGAUGUUCACGACGGGAACGAACCCGAUGGCGAACGAUGUCAACUACAAAUGCAUCGAGCGAUUUCAGGCUGAGAUGUCUAACUACUUGGAGAAAAGCGGGCAGAAGGAUUACAACGACACUCAGCAGUACCUCCACGACGACACCGAUGGCGAGUUUAUGGUUGCUGGAUGGAUGGCUGGUGAGGUGCUACUGCAGGCGCUUGCCUUUUAUGAGCCUUCCCAGGGCCGCGACGGGUUCAUUGCGUCACUGUUCGCCCAGCGUCGCUACGUCAUCGAUGACUUCGUAUUUGGCGACUUUGGUGGCACCAUUGACGCAAAGGCUGCCGCGCAGGGAGCCAUGUCGGAGUGCAAUCAGGGUGGGAACCUUGUUUUUCUCAAAACCUUUGUUGAGGGGUAUAGGGGCGUUAUUGUGCCUGGAGGCCAGUACACAACAGCGCUCACGACGUGCUACGAAAACUAUACAUUGUACGACCCUGUCCUUGCCAUCACGUACAACCUGACGGACCUUGGCGACGUGGCGUCGUACGCGGUCCGGGAGAUCGUGCGGGGGCAGAUAGCUGCGGUUAAUCCCGGACUUAGCGCCAUACAACACUCCUACACGCUGAAGGUUGUAGCGGCGACGACUGCUCAAGCGGCAGAUUCGCUGAUAGGCGGAAUGGAGGUGUUUGCCACAGAUGUUUCUGUGGGUAUUGUUCUUGACGCAAUGUUGAACGCGCCGGGUCUUUUCUUCUUGGACCCGGUUUUUCUGACGCCGCAACUAAAUUCAUUCAGACGGAAUGUCAUUCUGCUCUCGCCGACGACGGAGCAGCAGAUAUUCGUGCUUGCGCAGUACCUCGCGAACACAAGUGACCCCGCUGCCCACGUUAUCGUCCGCAGCAAUGCGCCUGAAGCUACCUUGGAUGUGGUGAGGCGCUCCUUCCUAACAUUCGGCGUCACUCUGCGCUCCGCCACGGCGCUCAGAGCGACCGACCCUCUCGACGGUCGUCUGCCAGCAAGCGGCCUCACGCUCGUCAUCAACCUUGCGUCAAGGGAAGUGGGGGUUAUGGCAGCGCACCUUGAAAAGAACAAAGGUGUUCGCUUGGUUGUACUGUCGACACCAUUUUCAUUCUUCUACCCUAACUUUAAGCAGCUCUUCGCCGGGAGGGAGAUUGCGGAUCGGCUGCUGAUCAUGACGAGUUUGCCGCACUGGGACAACCCGCAGGCGACGUCGACUCUUGUGUCGCAGUACCACGAGGCGUUACCCAACAGCACGGACUGGUCACCUCUUUCCCUGAGAAAUUUCGCCGCUUCAAAGGUGAUCCAGGCUGCGGUAAGGCAGUUGGAAUAUGUCAACUCGUCUGCCAUCUCAGAUUACUUUUACUCGAGGGUGAUGGUGACAGUGGGUGACAUUGUGUACGGCCCCUUCGCGGACGCCAAUAGCGUCACGUGCAGUGGCGGGGGCGCAAGCGCUUCGUCGUGCGCGAAGAACUACGGCGCCACGUCGAUCGCUGUUUGGACGCUGAGCCGUGCGUUCGAUUUCUCCGUGCCACCGCUCUCCGAGGGCAUUACGCCCUCCAUGGUGUACCGGCAGGAGGAGGGGGGACUGACGAGGCAGCAGCUCAUCGGUGUUAUCAUUGGGUCGGUUGUCGGAGGCCUGCUGCUCAUCGCUCUGCCUGUGGUGCUGAUGUGCUGCUGUAGAGACAGCCGCGACAACAACAAUGCGCCGAAGAACGUCGAGGACCCCGUGACGCUUGUGUUCACUGACAUCGAGAGCAGCACGGCUCUGUGGGCUGCGUGCCCCGAGAUCAUGCCUGACGCUGUGGCGACGCACCACCGGCUGAUCCGCUCUCUGAUCACGAAGUACCACUGCUACGAGGUGAAGACGGUCGGUGACUCGUUCAUGAUCGCGAGCAAGAGUGCGUGGGCCGCCGUGCAGCUUGUGCAGGACAUGCAGCAGACGUUUUUGCAUCACGACUGGGGGACGAGCGCGAUCGACGACGCGUACCACGAGUUCGAGGAGGGCCGUGCGGCGGAGGAUGAGGAGUACGUGCCGCCGACUGCGCGCCUCGACGCUGCUGUGUACCGGGGGUACUGGAACGGCCUGCGUGUGCGUGUCGGCGUGCACACCGGGCUGUCCGACAUCCGUCACGAUGAGGUGACGAAGGGCUACGACUACUACGGCGGCACGUCGAACAUGGCCGCACGCACGGAGAGUGUUGCGAACGGCGGGCAGGUGCUGCUGACGCGGGCAGCGUACAAGGCACUGAGCACGGCGGAGCGUGAGCAGCUGAACGUGACUGCGUUUGGUAUCGUGCCACUGCGCGGUGUGCCGAAGCCAGUGGAGAUGUUCCAGCUGAAUGCUGUGCCCGGCCGCACCUUCGCCGCGCUGCGCCUUGACCGAGAGGAGUUCCUGGAUAUGGAUGAAGAUGGCGCAGAGAGUGAGGUGGAGUCCUCCGCGAAAGGUGGGGCCAUGAGCGCCCACCAGAGCCCCAUUGCUGCGUUGCUGACAGACUUCUUUAUGCCUCUACCGGAGUCACAACGGUGGAAGGUCCUGCAAACGAUGUGCGAGCGGUGGAAUGUUGCGGUGCCUUCGAAGAAGUCGGGCUCCGUGAAGGACGCCUGCCUUGAGAUGGUUGGCCGUCUUGCUGUGAAACUGACUCGUGUGACGGAGCGCAGAGCCGAGCUGCUGAGGGGCGAGCAGGACGUCGGUGUGGGCACGUUUCUCGGAAGUAUCGGUGGGAACGGGGCCAAUCGCGCCGGUGGGGGGUCGGUCAGCUUCCAGAUGGCAGCCGAUAAUGCUUUGAACAGGCAGUCGUGGAUCCGUCUUGGGUCAUACACAUCCUCCGGCAGACCCUCUGAGGCGCUUGAGGUUCAAGUACCGCUGCCAUUUGCCAGCUCGUGA